UGUUGUUGUUGUCGUCGUAAUAGUAAUAUUCGUUGUUACUUUUCCCGUAUUAAAUCGUUUGGAAAAAGAAAUAAAUAAACAAGAAUAAAUGUUCAAUAUACAUUCAUAACCAUUUUCUUAUUGUUUAAAACAAUUGAUCAAAAUUAUAUUUAUUUAUAGUUUUUUUUAAAAAAAAGGGAAAAAAAAGAAAGAAAAGAAAAAUGAUGUAUCAAAUAAUAAUAAAAAGAAGAAAAAAAGAAAAUAAUGUAUGAAUCAAAUUAUUAUCUAAUGAACAAUAUUUAUUUAUCACGACUAUGUCAUUUUAUAAUUGAUUAAUGGCCAUUGGAUUUUGGCAAACUAUUUAUUUAAUUAUUAAAACUAUUUAUUAUAUGCAUUUAUUCAUAACAAAAUAUUUAUUUAUAUCAAAAACAAUUAUUGGUGAACAAUUAAUUGAUCAAUUAAAUGAAUUAAAUAAUAAUAAUAAUAAUAAUCAACAAAAUAAUCCAUAUCCAUCAUUAUCACAAUUAGAAUCAUAUCGAAUUAAUAAUAAUCGAUUUAAUUCGAAUGUAGAUCAUACAUAUAAUUUUUAUACAACUAAUCCAUAUCAAUCAUAUAUGCCAAUUAGUAGAAUUAUUAAUCUAUCUUAUCCUUCUUCUAAUAUACAUGAAAAUAAAUGGAAUACUUAUUUAAAUCGUGUAAAUAAUCAAUAUACCAAUCAUAGUUCUAUUAAUCAUAUAAGUAAUGGUAAUAUUCAUAGUAUUAAUCAAUCACAUUAUACCUCUAUACGAAAUAUUUUUCCUAAUUUAGUAUCUAAAUUAUCAUCUCCUUUCUCAUCUAUAUCAUCAUUAUCAGAAUCUAAAACAUCAUUAGGUAUAGGAUAUACUCCUGAAAUAUCACAUCCUUUUAUGGCCGGUGAAUCACAAACAGAACAAAUUUUAAAAUAUAUAUUAACUAAUUAUAAAUCACAUGAAAGACCAAAUGAAAAUUCUCAAGAUCCAACUAUUGUUAGUGUAUUCAUUCAUAUUAUAGAUAUAUCAUCAAGUAAUGUAGUACAAAUGGAGUAUACAAUUAAUUGUUAUCUACGUCAACAAUGGUAUGAUCCACGUUUAUCAUGGGAUACUAAUAUUCAGUUAAGUAGUAAUAUUAAAGAAUUAUUAUUAAAUCAACAAAAAAAUCAAUUAUGGCUUCCCGAUUUAUUUUUUCGUAAUGGUAAAUCAGGUUUUUUACAUGAUAUGUCACAACCAAAUUAUUUAUUACGUGUUAAAUCUAAUGGACAAGUAUUAUAUAGUCAAAAAAUUACAAUGACAUUAUUAUGUCAAAUGUAUCUACGGAAAUUUCCAAUGGAUAAACAAGAGUGUACAGUUAAUAUUGGUUCAUAUGGAUAUACAAUUGAUCAAUUAAAAUUUAUAUGGCAUCAUGAUAAACCUGUCACUAUAUCGAAUAAUUUACAAUUAUUAGAAUUUGAAAGUCCACACGGUGCAUAUACUUUGGAUUGUACAAAAAAUGGUACAACAAAUACUGGAACUUAUAGUUGUCUAUUAUUAAUUAUACCACUUCGACGAUUAAUUGGUUCUUAUAUUGUUACAACUUAUAUUCCAGAAGUUUUAAUUGUUAUGGUAUCAUGGUUAGGAUUUUGGAUUGAUAUUAAAGCAGUACCAGCUAGAGUAACAUUAGGUUUGUUAACAUUACUUGGUUUAUUAACUGAAAGUAGCAGUGUUAGUUCACAAUUACCUAAAGUAACCUAUUUAAAAGCAAUCGAUGUUUGGUUAACUGUUUGUUUAUUAUUUGUCAUCGCAGCAUUAGCUGAAUUUGCUUAUGCUUAUUUAAUGACACCUAAAAAUGACAGUCCUGAAUGGGAACCAGAAGUGAGAGAUUUAGUUAAAACUUUAUUAGUAAAUUAUACUGGUGAAAUUCGAUGUUGUUGUUGUUUCACAAAGAAUCGACAUCAUAAACCAAUUUUCAAAGAUAAUAAUAAUAAUCAAAGAUCUCAGUCACAUCAACCACGAUCCUACAUAGAUACUACACAUAAAAAAUUUAAUUCACACACAAGAGAUAUUGAAUCUGAUCCUGAAUUUACAAUGAAAUCAACGAAAAAAUCAAGUAGAACAAGUAGAUCAAGGCAUAUCAAAUCAACAAAUCUACGUUGUAAAGUUUGUGAAUCAUAUCAACCAGUAUGUUGUACUUGUCCAGCUUGUGCUCGAUUGAAAUGUCCUGAAGCACCAAGAAAAAAACCAACACAAGUGAAAAUAUCAACAAAGCAAUCAAAAUUAAAAUCAAUAAAUCAUAAUGAACUAAGAAAAAUCAAUAAAAUCAAAUCAAAUUUAAUUGAUUAUCCUAAAAUAAUAAAACCAAUAAAAAAAACUAAAUUAAUCAAUGAAAAACAAUUACAAUCAAUAAAUAUUGAUUCAUGUCAUAUAUUUAUUGAACCAUUCAAUAAUGAAUUAUUAUUAUUAAAUAAACAACCUAAAAAAUCUGCAUUAAAAGUAAAACAAUCAACAAUAUACAAUAUAAAUAAUAAUGAUAAUAAUAAUAAUAAUUUAAUCCAUUCAAAUAAAGAGUUAAAAAUUACUACAUUUUUAGAUCAUGGAGAGAAAAAUAUAAUAAAUGAAUCAGUAACAUAUUCUAAUCAUAAUAAUCGUCAUGAUUAUCAAUCUCCUUCUCCUCAUCCUCCUCCUUCUUCUCAUCAUUCUCAUCUUGAUCCUCGUAAUCAUCAUGACAAUCAGUAUUAUCAACAAAUGAAUCAAUCCAAUAAAAAAUUAUGGUAUUUCAAAAAUAUGUUAUAUAAAUGUAUAUGUUGUUUUAAAUGUACCUAUCAUGAUCAUGAUCAUCAUGAUCAUCAUCAUCAUUCGAAUGAAAAAUAUCAACCAUUAAUUAAAAUGUUCAACAGAUCAUCUAAAUCAUAUUCAUGUAAAUCAAUAAAAUUUAUAAAUUCUACUCAUACUACUACUAAUACUACUAAUACUACUAAUAAUAAUAUCCCAUAUGAAUCAAAAAUUGAUGCAUAUAGUCGAUUCAUUUUUCCAAUAUUCUUUGUUUUAUUUUUAUGUAUUUAUUGGUUUUUUUAUUUAGUAUUAGCUAAAGAUUAAUUUUAAAGACGAAGAAAAAAAGUGAAAUGAGAAUAGAGAACUUGUUGUAUUCAAUAGUUUCAUUAUAAUUACAAUAAGAUGAUGAUGGUGACGAUGACGACGACAACGAUGAUGAUGAUGAUAAUCAGUGAUAAAUGAAUAAUAAAUCAAUAAACAUUAGAUAGACUUAACAAUCAAUGUUAUAUAGAAUUAUUACUUAUUGUCUUUCAGUUAAUUAGUAUCUUUUAUACAAAUAUGUAUACCUAUAUAGAUAUCUUAGUAUAAAACUGUAUACUUAUGAGUACAUGGAUGUAUUAUAUUAUAUAUAUAUAUAUAUAUAUAUAAAUGGAUACUAUUUAGCCCAAUUAGUUAGAAUAAUUAAAUUUAUCUGUAUUUCUUCGAAUUUCUUAUCAUCUCUGACAUUCCGUAAUAAUAAUAAUCUAUCUUAAACUCUUUCAACUCUUCAUUCUUUCACUUCUACUUUCCCUACAAAUUCUAGUUAUACACAGACUCUUUGUUGUAUGAUAACUACAUACAAGUGUAUACACUUAAACACAUAUAAGUGAAUACAAAAACAAAACAAACAAAAUCAUAUCAUUAUUAACAUUAAAAUCGCUUAUCAUAAUUUGAAUGAUAAACAUAGACGUUCAAAGGAAUACAACACUAUUAUUAUUAUUAUUAUCUUUCUUCUCCAAACUAAUGUUAAUCAUAAUGAUAAUUUCACAAAGAUUAGUGUAAUAAUAAUCAUAAUAAACAAUAUCAAGAGUUAUGAGUUAUUGGUUGACUUUGUUUUGUUUCUUUCUUUUUUUCGAUAUUUUUCACUGCUAAAUCGAUCUUCUCUAGGUUUUUCUUUCUUUUUGUCACUUCCUCUUCCCUUCUUUCCAUAGUUCAAAGAGAAAAAAGAAUGUUUCUUCUAAUUAAUUUU